GUGUAAUCGCUGAAGAAGGCAACUUUUUAUAGCAUGCUGCAUCUUUUGUUUAGUUAAGUUUUCUAAUCAAUCGAUGAUGUCAAUAAAUCAUAUAAAUUGAGCUGAGGAUUUCGUUCAUUUCUUUCAUUUGUAAGCAGCAUGGCAUUCCAACACGACAUCCCUCUGGCGGGUCGCCUCGGCCAGCUGGUAAACAACGAGUUCACGGCGGAUGUUUUCUUCGAGGUUGGCUCCAACCACCGGCGGAUGUACGGCCACCGGAACAUACUCAGGGUCGGCAGUCCGGUGUUCAACGCUCAGCUGAACGGAGAUUUCUCGGACGCCAAACUUAACAGUUUACUUAAUCCGAUCAUGAUGAUGGACGUGGAGGAGGAUGUUUUUCUGCAGAUUUUGCGGUUUAUCUACUGUGAGAAUGCCGUCGUGAACCAGCGAAAUGUCGUCGAUCUGUCGCAGAAAUAUUUGCUUUGCAGUAUUUGCGAGGAAUUUUUUGCACUUCAAAUUGUGUAGCAAAAAUGUGGUUACGAUUUUCAACGCUAAUCGCAAGCACGAUUUCAAGAAGGUGAAUGAUGCCUGCUUGGGCA